AUGGGAGGAAAGCAGUCCAAGGAAUUUGUCACUGUGGAGCUGAAGCGACGGAUGACCCUUUCGUCCGUGGAUCGUAUCCGGAAACAUGCCACCACGCACUUUGGUUACAGCAUCCUGAGCCUUGCCAUGCGAGGGCUGGAUGAGAUGCCGGAAGAACUCUGGGAACUUCGGGAGCUGGAGAAACUGAAUCUGUCUCUAAACUGCCUGUGUGUACUGCCCUCUAGUCUAGGUGCUUUGGAGAAUCUAGUGCUACUCAACCUUUGGGGUAACGAGCUGGCCAGCCUGCCACCCGAGAUUGGUCUAUUAAGAAAUCUUAAGGUUCUCUUUGCCUACCAUAAUCGUCUAAGUGAGGUGCCAGAAGAGCUGGGAGCCUGUACCAAGCUGGAGGUCCUAAGCCUUGCACACAACCAAAUCACUGGGCUGCCAGGCAGCCUAGCAACCAUGUGCAAGCUGACCAAACUGAACCUAAGCCACAACCGCAUUGCGCACAUCCCUACCUGCGUGUACCGCAUGCGAAGUCUGGUCUUUCUGCACCUGGCUUGCAACCGGUUGGAGAAUAUCGCUGACCAGAUCCAGGACCUGGUCAACUUGAAGAUCCUGAUUGUGGAGGGAAACCAAAUUCACGUGCUGCCCAAGACACUGUGCUCUCUGGGCGCACUAGAACUGCUUAACGUGGACUUUAACGAUCUGCAGAGCGUGCCCGUAGAUAUGUACCUGCUGAAGAGGCUAGAGAAGCUGGCUUGCCAUCCUCUGGAUAAAGGUCUCCAUAUCAUUCAUAACCCUCUGCUAAAACCAAUUCAGGAGGUGCUGCGGGGGGGUCUCACUGCACUGUACAAUUACCUUAAACCAGCCUGA